AUGUGUAUAGGUGGCGGCGGCGGUGGCGGUGGAGGUGGCUAUGGUGGUGGAGAUCGGGGUGGAAGUGACAUGAUCACUCAAGAAGAUACAGUUUUUAUUCAAGGCAUGAACCCAUCUACCACUGAAGAUGAAUUAUGUCAACAUUUUGGUGCCAUUGGUAUUAUUAAGAUGGAUAAAAAAACGCAGAGACCUAAAGUUUGGAUGUAUAAGGACAAAGCUACCGGACAGCCUAAAGGGGAAGCCACAGUCACUUAUGAAGAUAGCAAUGCUGCUUCAUCUGCUAUUCAGUGGUUUGAUGGCAAAGAAUUUAAUGGCGUGACAAUAAAAGUGUCUUUAGCUCAAAGACAGAAUACAUGGGGUGGAGGCAAAGGAGGAGGCGGAGGUGGAUUCCGCGGAGGCCGCGGUGGCGGAGGCGGCGGUGGCGGUGGUGGCGGAGGACGGAGUGGUGGCGGAGGAGGCCGAGGUGGCGGCGGCGGCGGUGGUGGCGGCCCGCCGUCCGGUAACCGCGAGGGGGACUGGCGGUGUCCGAAUCCUAGUUGUGGAAAUACCAACUUCUCGUGGAGGAAAGCAUGUAACAGAUGUAACGAAGAGAAACCCGGCGGCGGAGGUGGUGGUGCGCCGUCCGGCGGGGAGCGCGGGGGAGGCCCGGGUCGCGGCGGGCGCGGCGGCGGCGGCCGCGGUGGCGGCGGCGGCUGGGGCGGCCGCGGCGGCGGUGGCGGCGGCGACCGCGGGGGCGACCGCGGGGACAGGCGUUACGGCGGUGGCGGAGACCGCAGUGGUGGUGCCGGCGGAGGCGCCAUGAGAGGAGACGGAGGGGGCCGAGACAGGCAGAGACCAUAUUAA